AUGGACCCAUCGUCCUCCCAAUCCCCAUCCGCCCCGGAGUCUCCAAAUUCCGACCAGAACCCGCCUACCACAAUUACAAAUCUGAGCCAUCGACCAGCCAGUCGAAAUAAAGCCUCAGACCCCGCAGCCAACGCCUCCGGUGCCCCUAUCCCAGAUGACGAUCAUGGCUCGGAUAUGCCGCUGACCAUGUCUGCUUCCGUGGUGCUAACGAGCCUGCCUCGAGACGCUCAUCAAGCACUAGCGGAUGCCGAAGCCAUGGAUACUGGUAAAGUUACAGUGCGCUUUCAGCCUCUUCCGUCGGCCCCGAUCUUGAAAAACCGAGUCUUCAAGAUCAGUGCUUCACAAAAAUUCGAAACCGUAGUCAAGUUCCUCAGGAAGAAGCUGGACUGCAAAGAUACCGACUCGGUUUUCUGCUACGUCAACAGCGUUUUUGCCCCCGGACUCGAUGAAGGAGUGGGAGGGCUAUGGAGGUGCUUUAGGACUGAUGAGCAAUUGAUCGUUGCUUAUUCUAUGACACCUGCGUUUGGUUGA